GUUGUGUCUUUGAUUCUGUUCUUACACUUUAUUCUUUGGUAUUAACAAAGGUAGGCCGAUUUCACAUAAACAAGUAUCAAACAAACAAUAAUUUUUAAACUUUGUUUGAAUUAUUCAUUUCCUAUUUUACAAUCACCUCUACCUCAUACUUCUUAAUCGAAUGUACUGACUCAUAUACUUCUUGCCUACUGUGAUCUACCACCUACUGUUUGAUAUAGCAACUCUGUACGGUCAAUCCCUAAGAAGCAGAUCUAAGAAGUUGGUUUUUUAGCAAAAUGGAUGCUUCUUUGCAAAAUUUGGUAAAUGAAUGGCUUGCAAUUGAUCAAAAUGAAACUACAAGGAACGAAGUAAUAAAUCUAGUUAACGUUGGCGAUUAUGCAACUUUGGAACAAAUCAUGCAUCCAAGAAUCGGAUUUGGUACUUCAGGUUUGCGUGCUGAAAUUGGUGCCGGGUUUGCUCGCAUGAACGAAUUAACUGUUAUACAAGCAUCUCAGGGAUUUGCUGAAUAUUUAAUCCAAACCGUGCCUGGAUCUCAAGAGAUGGGCGUCGUCGUAGGUCACGAUCAUAGACAUAACUCACAGCAAUUUGCUCGUUUAACAGCCGCUGCUUUCUUGAACAAGGGGUUUAAAGUAUAUGCUUAUGGUUUCCUCAUCCAUACUCCACUUAUUCCCUUCUCUAUAAAAAACCUAAAGGCUGCUGCUGGUGUUAUGAUUACUGCUUCUCAUAACCCAGCUGUCUAUAAUGGUUAUAAGGUUUAUUGGAGCAAUGGAUCCGCAAUCAUUCCUCCUCAUGAUAAAGGCAUAGCUUCCUGUAUAGAGAAGAACUUAAAGCCUUUAGUUUGGGACAAAGACCUAGUCGAUCACCACAUGUUGGCAAAUCGUACAUUUGCAACGGAUUUACUGAAGCAGUAUUGGUCCCAACUACAUGAAUUCCACGCGGAGAAUACUUUUUCAUUAGAUAUGCAACCACUUGAAUUUGUAUAUACCCCUAUUCAUGGUGUAGGUCUCCCUUUCGUUACGUCUGCUUUAACCCUUUUUGGUGAGCAAGCUGACAUGACCUCCGUUCCUCUUCAAGACUCACCAAAUCCUGACUUCCCAACUGUCAAAUUUCCCAAUCCUGAAGAAGAGGGUGCCCUAGACCUUGCUUUUAAGCAAGCCGACACCCAUAAUAUUCCUUAUGUUAUGGCUACCGACCCUGACGCUGAUCGGUUUGCAUUUGCCGAAAAGAUAAACAAUGAGUGGAGACGUUUUACCGGAGAUGAAAUUGGCUGUAUUUUGGCUUAUUUCAUUUUCCAAGAGUAUAAGAACGCGGGUAAACCUGUUAAUAAUUUUUAUGUGCUUUCUACUACCGUUUCCAGCGCUCUUAUGAAAUCUAUGGCAAAGAUCGAAGGUUUUCAUCAUGUAGAGACAUUAACCGGUUUCAAAUGGCUUGGUAAUGCGGCUGCUGAAUUAGAAGACCAAGGCAAAUUCGUGGGUCUAGCUUAUGAAGAAGCCCUUGGCUAUAUGGUAGGUGGUAUUGUAAAAGACAAAGAUGGUGUGAAUGCUUUAUUAACUUUCCUACACCUUCUUAAACGCCUAAAACUUCAACAACUUUCCGUUACUCAAGUCUUUAUUGAAAUCUCUCAAAAGUACGGUUACUAUGUAACCCGAAACUCGUAUUUUUUCUCUCGCGAUACACAAAAACUUCGUGGUUUGGUGGAUGCCCUUCGCAAGAAAAGCACCACUAAUGGAUACCCUACUAAACUAGGAAACUAUAACAUAACCAACGUUCGUGAUUUAACUGCUGAUUAUGAUUCCACUACAGUGGAUAAGAAAGCUAAAUUACCAACUUCUAAAAGUUCAGAUAAUGUAACUUUCGAACUCGAAAAUGGCCAAGUCGUUAUGACUAUCCGUACCAGCGGUACCGAGCCUAAACUCAAGUACUACAUUUGUGCCAGAGGUAGUUCACCAGAAGAGGCCCAAAAGAACGCAACAGGGGUUUGUAUGGACAUAAAAAAUGAAUGGUUCAAGCCCGAACAAAAUGGUUUGGGCGAGCCUUAAGACUUUAUGCUACGCGAAAAUGUCCCUUUCAUGCUAUUUGAUGAGAAAAGUUUCUUUGAUAAAUGGAAACGUUCGAUACAAUUUUCCAAAUUUAAUAAAUAUCAACAUUAAGAUACAUCUAAAUUAAGGAAGCUAAUUUAGUGGUAAUUUGUAAAUUGGCUAUUUCAAAUAAUAAAAAUAAAAAUUGAAAAGUCUUUUGUAAUUAAAG